CGUCCCUGCACUGUCGAUGUGCAGAAGAAGAAGAAGCUCAGGCACGUGUAAUGAACCAGGAGAAUGCAUAGUGUAGCCGGGACACGAAAACAACUUAACUAGCAUUGAUUAUUUGUUUCAGUCAGACUGUUCGAUCAGAAAUGACUAAAGCGAAGAAGGAGAAGAGUUCAGCGGACGGAGAUGAGGCCACAGCCGCCGGCGGGAACGAGAAAUCGUACCACGAGUUGAUCGCUAACGUGAACCCGAUCGCUCAGCCGCUGGCCUCCAGAAAGCUCAGCAAGAAGCUCUACAAAUGCGUCAAGAAGGCUGCCAAAGUGAAGAACAUUCGCCGAGGAGUGAAGGAGGUUCAGAAGUUCAUCAACAAAGGGGAGAGAGGAAUUGUGGUGUUGGCUGGCGACACGCUGCCCAUUGACGUCUACUGUCACCUGCCGAUCAUGUGUGAGGACAGAAACCUGCCGUACGCCUACAUCCCCUCCAAGGAUCUGGGUUCAUCUGCAGGAUCCAAGAGACCGACCUGUGUGAUCCUGAUCAAACCUCAUCAGGACUACCAGGAUGCCUACGACGAGUGCGUGGAGGAGGUGUCCAACUUGCCCAAACCCCUCUGACACUCCUCAGCCAAUCAGGGAGUUUAGGACUCCCUCUGGUUUCUCCUCAGAAAUAAUGACUGCUGUUGAAACCACUGCGUUUCUACACCUGAAGGAUAAACCACAUGUCAGACUGAGCCGAAGCUAGCCUAACACUUUCCUCCUGAUUCUGGUGUUUAUGCUGAGCUAGGCGAACACUUUCCCUCGGUUCCCGGUGUUUGUGCUGUGCUAGACUAAACCCACCAGGAUUUUAAUGAACACCAGUGUUUUUGUUUCCCACCCAAAGUGUGUAAAUAACAACAAAAUGCAUUUUAUUGCAGGAUGAGUUUAACAUGUUUUUUAACAAACACAAUGUUAUCAGUGAGAUUAUUUCCCCCUGUGCCACGGAUAAUUCGAUCAGAUGGACUCAUUGAUAACGUGUCUCCUGCCCAAUGGCCGUUUGUAUUUUAUAUUGAUGUCUGGGUAAAAAUAAAAAUCAGCACACUGACAUCUGGUC